GACGCGAAUGACGUUUGCUUUAGUCGGAUCGGAUUGACUAGAUUAAAUUCUAAUUCCAGAUGCAAAUGAGAGUAACAAUGAAGUAUUCUCCCAACUGCAAAUGAACAGUGGAUUAAUAUAUAAUAUUAUUAUUAUAUUAUUUUGUUGGUAUAGAAGAUUGUAGCUGCAAUAAUGAAGAGUGCAUUGCCGAAAGAAAAAUCAGGCAAGAUGAGGAUCAGAGCUUUCCCUAUGUCUAUGGACGAAAAAUAUGUAGAGAGUAUAUGGAGUUUACUGAAAAAUGCAAUACAGGAAAUACAAAAGAAAAACAACUCUGGUCUUUCGUUUGAAGAACUAUAUCGCAAUGCUUACACUAUGGUACUCCACAAGCAUGGCGAGAGAUUAUAUACCGGUUUAAAGGAAGUGGUCACUCAUCAUUUGGAAACAAAGGUCAGAGAAGAUGUUCUCCACUCUUUACACAAUGGUUUCCUGCAAACUCUCAACAAUGCUUGGACUGAUCACCAAACUAGCAUGGUUAUGAUACGUGACAUACUUAUGUAUAUGGACAGGGUAUAUGUGCAGCAGAAUGAAGUUGAUAAUGUUUACAAUCUUGGACUCAUAAUCUUUAGAGAUCAGGUGGUUCGUUACGGAUGCAUUCGCGAUCACCUGCGCCAGACGUUGCUGGAACUAGUGGCACGUGAACGCCGCGGUGAGGUGGUAGACCGGUUAGCUAUACGGAACGCCUGCCAGAUGCUCAUGGUGCUUGGCAUCAACUCACGCUCAGUAUAUGAAGAGGACUUCGAAAAACCCUUCUUACAUCAGUCUGCUGAAUUUUAUAGAAUGGAAUCUCAAAAGUUCUUAGCAGAGAACAGCGCAGCGGUUUAUAUAGCUCGCGUGGAAGCUCGAAUCGGUGAAGAGGCGGAACGUGCACGCCACUAUCUGGAUGAAACCACCGAGCCGCGUGUAGUCGCCGUACUAGAACACGAACUCAUCGAGAGACACAUGAAAACUAUUGUCGAGAUGGAGAACUCUGGCGUAGUCCACAUGCUAAUGCACACUCGUACCGCCGAGUUGGCGUGCGUGUAUAAGCUGUUGUCUCGCGUGCCCGAAGGUCUACGCACUGUGGCCGACGCCGUGUCCGCGCACCUGAGGGAACAGGGCCGGGCUCUAGUCACGGAUACACAUCAUAAUACUAACGCCAUCGCCUUCGUGCAGAAUCUCCUAGACUUAAAAGACAGAUUUGAUCAUUUCCUACAAAACUCAUUUAAUAAUGAUAAGAUUUUCAAACAUAUGAUCGCGUCCGAUUUUGAAUAUUUCCUCAAUCUGAACAACAAAUCUCCAGAAUUCUUGUCGUUGUUCAUUGAUGGGAAACUGAAGAAAGGUGAAAAGGGUAUGAGUGAGCAAGAAAUAGAAGCAGUGCUCGACAAGACAAUGGUUCUAUUCCGUUUCCUGCAAGAGAAGGACGUGUUCGAACGUUAUUACAAGCAGCACCUCGCCAAGCGGCUGCUUCUCAACAAGUCCGUGUCAGACGACAGCGAGAAGAAUAUGAUCUCCAAACUGAAGACUGAAUGCGGUUGUCAGUUCACAUCAAAACUGGAAGGCAUGUUCAAGGACAUGACUGUCUCCAAUACAAUCAUGGAGGAGUUCAAGGAGCAUGUGCUGUCAUCCGGGACCAAUCUUCACGGUGUGGAUCUGUCGGUUCGUGUGCUGACUACGGGCUUCUGGCCAACGCAGAGUGCUACGCCCAAGUGCAAUAUACCCACCGCGCCCAGGAGUGCCUUUGAGGUGUUUAGAAGUUUCUACCUGGCGAAGCACUCUGGCCGCCAGUUGUCGCUGCAGCCGCAGCUGGGCAGCGCGGACCUUCACGCGACGUUCCGGUCGGCGGCCCCCUCCCCGCCCCACUCGCCCCCCGCGCCCGCCCCCGCGGCCCCCCUCGCGCCGUCGUCGGCGCCCCUCGCGCCCCCCUCGGCGGCCUCAGUGCGCAGGCAUAUCAUACAAGUGUCCACCUUCCAGAUGUGUGUGCUGCUGCUGUUCAAUAAACGCGAGCGGCUCACGUACGAGGAAAUACUGAAUGAGACUGAUAUACCGGAGAAGGACUUGAUCCGUGCUCUGCAAUCACUCGCAAUGGGUAAAGCGACACAGCGAGUGCUCAUCAAGCAUCCCAAGAACAAAGAGAUCGAGCCAUCACACCAGUUUUAUGUUAAUGAUGCCUUCACUUCCAAGUUACACAGAGUAAAAAUCCAAACGGUAGCAGCUAAAGGCGAAUCGGAACCUGAACGAAGGGAGACACGUAACAAAGUCGACGAAGACCGCAAACAUGAAAUCGAAGCCGCCAUAGUACGCAUCAUGAAGGCGCGCAAGAAGAUGCAGCACACACUUCUCGUGACGGAGGUGACAGAGCAACUGCGCGCCCGUUUCCUCCCAUCCCCUGUGGUGAUAAAGAAGCGUAUCGAAGGUCUGAUCGAACGCGAGUAUCUCGCCCGCACGCCUGACGACCGCAAAGUGUACACAUACGUUGCAUAGGCCAACGAAACUCGAGAAGGGCGGAUGCCAAGUUAGAAGUGAUAGAAGUAACAGUAACAAAAGUAUUUAAAUUAUUUCAAUAAAUAAAAAUUAUUAGUUAUUACUAA